GCCCUCGAGGCCCCAGUCCAUUCCCUAAUAAUCGGCUAUCCUGUCAGUUUCCCUCUCCCCUCCCGAAACCGGAUUCCGUACCGAAUCUGGUCUCGCCUUGGAGCCGAGGUUGCACGCGGUUCGUCCUGCGGCCAUGGAGGACGAGGAGCACGAGGUGUACGGACAGGAGAUCCCUGUUGACGGCGAGGACGUCGACAUGUCCGCCGGCGACGACGCGACCAAGGUACCGCUCGACGCCCAUUCACACCCGACGCCGCUUCCUCGUCGCCCAAACCCUAGCGGUGGUACUGACCCCUCCCAUGCGCAGCUUCAGGAGCUCGAUGAGAUGAAGCGCCGGCUCAAGGAGAUGGAGGAGGAAGCCGCCGCGCUCCGCGAGAUGCAGGCUAAGGUCGCCAAGGAUAUGCAAGAUCCCAAUGCAACCACAUCUGAAAACAAAGAGGAGAUGGAUUCUCGGUCGGUAUUCGUUGGAAAUGUUGACUAUGCAUGCACUCCAGAAGAAGUGCAGCAGCAUUUCAAUUCUUGUGGAACUGUUAACAGAGUGACAAUCCUGACUGACAAGUUUGGGCAACCAAAAGGUUUUGCUUAUGUGGAAUUUGUUGAAGUUGAAGCUGUUCAGGAAGCUAUUAAGUUGAAUGAAUCAGAAUUGCAUGGUCGCCAGCUCAAGGUGGCACCGAAGAGGACUAACGUUCCUGGGAUGAAGCAACCCCGCGGUCGAGGUUUCAAUCCAUACCGGCCAUAUGGUUAUAGUCCUUAUGGUUAUGGCUAUGGCUACGGGAGAUUCCCCAGAUUCCGCCGCCCGCGAAGACCUUAUUUUUGAAGCUCGUAUGUCCAUAUGGUUUGCAGAACAUGGACGAUGAGACGGCUUGACCUUAUAUUCCCGCGUCCUAUUACUUCAUAGCUUAUUCGGGAUGUUCUCAGACAUGUUAUUCCCAUAUUGACGAUGCUUAAGAUUUGUACUGUAUUGUUUCAGUGACAGUUACGCAAAACGAUUAUGAUCUAGUUACGCGGAAAGGUACUGUUGUGAC